CGGUGCAUGCGAAUCGUUGCAACGCAAUCGCACUCUACAAUCAAACCAAUACAAAAUGCGCCCGCUUUACCAUUAUUGCACACCGCUGCUUUACUGCUGCCUGGUGCUGCUAGUGUCCUUGUGCUUGUGUGCGAUCAAAACCGAGGAAAACUCCAGCUGUCCCGCUUGUGUUUGCGGUAAGGUGCCGAACCCACCGUUACCGAACAGUUUGCGCGUGAUCGGCGGUAACACUUCCGACAUCGACCAGUACCCCUGGAUGGCGGCGCUCUACUAUCGGCACCAGUUUACCUGCGGUGGAAGUUUGAUUAACGAUCGCUACAUCCUGACGGCGGCACACUGUGUGGCCCGGAUGGAUGCGGCCGGGUUCGAGGUGUACCUGCGGCGUCCGAACAUUGUCACCCUCAACCCCGAAGCCGUACACCGGCGAGUGGCACGGAUCGUAAUGAACCGCUACCAGGAGCUGCGGAACAACAAUGAUGUGGCGCUGCUACUGCUGCAGGAGCCCGUCGGGGUUGCGGAUGGGCUCGUGCCCAUCUGUCUGCCGGUGGAUGGGUCGAACUUUGACGGCAAGGAGGCCAUCGUUACCGGCUGGGGUACGACGGAGAGUGGGGAGCUGUCGGAGCACCUGCAGCAGCUUACCGUACCCAUACUUACCAACCAGCAGUGCCGGAAGUCGGGUUACUUUCGGUUUCAGAUCACGGCGAAAAUGUUGUGCGCCGGGUACCUGGAGGGGGGCCGUGAUUCGUGCCAAGGUGACAGUGGUGGGCCACUGCAGCUGGCGAAGGGAGAGGCGGGCCAGCAGCAGAUUGUGGGCGUUGUGUCCUGGGGCAAUGAGUGUGCCCAACGAAAUUAUCCCGGUGUGUACGCGCGAGUUACCCGGUUCGUGAGCUGGAUCCGAAGCCACAGUCGGGGGGCUUGCUGGUGCACUAACGGGUAAGGGGUGGAAAAUGGAAAACUUUGUGGCUGUGCCGGUGACAGCGAGCAAUUAAUUUCGAGAAACUCUUCAAGAAUGAGACAGAAGGAUAUGUGUGUAUGUGUGUGUGUGAGAGAGAGUGUGUGUGUUUGCAGAAUGAACCUUUUGGAGUCGUUAGAAAAGAUUGUGAUGUGAAUUUUUAAAAUGGGUGGAAAAGCGACUGCACAUGAGCGGUGAAGAAUGUGUCCCGACCAGAGCAGCUCCAACAGGUGCUUUGUUGUGUUCCCUUCUCGGUAAAGUGUCUUCCAUCGAACGAAUCGUUCUUCGAAAUCAAAUUUAAGUUAAAUUGGCUGAUUUAAGAGGAACAUCCGAAGGAAAUGAUUCCCUCCCAUUCUACAGAAAGCAA